CCCAAGUUUCAAGGUUUCUGUACAAUGUGAACGACGAGAUAUUACUAGUAGGAGAGGGCAAUUGCAGUUUCUCGCGGGCGUUAGUGGAAAAGUUCGAGGUUGGCGACAAAAUUACCUGCACAACAUACGACACAUAUGAUGUUUUGAAGACAAAAUAUGGUGACGAAGUCGAUGGAUUUAUUCAACAGUUGAUCGAUUCUAACGCGAGAGUACAACACGGAAUCGAUGCUACCAAGCUGCACGAAGCGAAAAAACUGGCGCGAUCCGGCGAAGAGACUGCGGUAUUCGAUACAAUCGUCUUCAACUUCCCACACACAGGUGCCGGAAUAAAGAACACGGAACGCAAUAUACUGGCCAACCAAGAGAUGCUGACUAACUUCUUCGAAAGCGCCUAUAAGGUUCUAUCCGAAAAGGGGGAGAUACACCUCACCAUCAAGCUGGGUGAACCAUACAGUCAAUGGCGAGUGGCAAAGCUGGCAGAACGAGCAACGGAUUUGUAUCUCAAGAAUUCCCAGCCGUUCGACUGCACUCUAUAUCCAGGCUACGAACACCGGCGUACCAUCGGAUUCGACGAGGGAAAGUCCAAAGCGGGCAAUCACGACAUCGAGAAGGGCGCGCGAACGUACGUGUUUGUGCGAGACACGGAACGUCGGAUACAGGAGCAGAAGGUCAAAGACCAUCCACGCAAUAAGAAACGCGAGCGCAAGGACAGCCGCGUGCAGGCGAAGAAGCGCACACACCACGACGACGAUAGCAGCGAUGACGGGGAGAGCGGUGAUAAGGGUGGCGAAGGGGACGAUCGACAGGAUAACGAUAUUCACAAGCAGUCCAACGCGUUUGAGAAAGUCAAGUUCACGAAGCUGGAGAUGAACGGGUUGAUGUAGAUACGCUUAGGUUUAAAGUUAGGGUCAGGGUUAGGGCUAGGGCUAGGGCGGGGGGUUUGUUUAGUGUUGAUGUGUAUGCUGUAGAGAUGUCGGUGGCGAGUGAGAGUGUAUGCUGGUGAGUACAUUAUAGUUGCCACUGAAGCAUGCGAGAUUGGGGGCGCGAGGGAACUUGCUUGGCUUGCUGAGAAGGCGCAGACACUGUUCGAGUUUGCUAUACAUUCCGUCAGCUGCUCACACGACGAUAUGCAGACACGCGCGCUCGUAUAGUCUUCACAAAAAGUGGUACUUUUCACUCAGGAUUGGACAGUGUCAGUAUAAGGAACAUAGGCUUUGACAUGCGAAUAUGAGAGGAUAUACAUGGAUACCAGAGCAUAGACCGACCCGACCGCAGCCAAGGUUCAGCACAGUUGUUGGGGCGUCCAUCAACGGGCUCAGAGGCAGCAGGAGUGUUCAGCAGCGCAUUUUGCACUGCCAUGUACGUGCAUUGCUUACUACCAGUGACUGUGUGUGCGUAUGAAUAUAAUUGUGGUAGCAUGGUAUCACAGAAACGGCGAGUACACCUGACAGGCUUCUCGGGUUGAGAGCGUCCUUUUGUAUUUUGCUGUUAUGUUGCUCCUGAUGACAGGGUAUGCGAGAGCACGAAUUAAGUAUAAGCUGUGCCAUACGUGACAGAUGGCCAGAUUGAUUUCUUGAAGUGGCUGCCUUCAAGAACACAUCGAGUGUCUGGCGAGGAGCUCGAUAUAAUGAUUACUCUAGGACGAUAUAUGGAAAACCGGUAAUUAAGAUAAAAUUAGAAUACCCCGGG